GUGGUGGGGCGGGCGGCGAUGCCGACGGGAGCAGCGGGGGAGGACGGCCGAGCAGGGCGAGGCUGCGGUGGCCGGCGGAGGAUGCGAGGCGGAACGCAAUGCCGCUGGAUCUGGUCGAGGAUAAUGUGACCUGGCGAUGGCUGACGGUGGCGGCUAUGGUCUCUGUCUUUGCUGCCGCUCUCGCCAUCGGCUAUCCACUCGCUCUGGCCUCUAUGGCCGUCGGCGAGGUCACCGAGUGGCUUCCGGCCAACGCCACCGGCCCGGGAUCGCCGCCGGUGGAGAUCGAGCACAACAAGGGAACCGCCACCGGCAUGUACAACAUUCUCCUUGCCACUGCCCUCUCCACCCUCCUCAUGCAUAGCUGCGUCUUCUCCGGCGCCGGAUCGGGCCGCUCGGCCACCGCUGCCCUCACCUCCGCGCUAGGGACCGCCUCUGUCGUCGUCGUCGUCUGGCUCUUCUACCUUGCCGCUCCGCACAACUCGCCGUGGGCUGUGGUUUUAUCUGGGGCUCGAUGGCCUGCUUGGCUGCCGUAGGUGCCGGCCAUCUCGUUCUCGCUUGCCUGCGCGCCACCAAGGGCACCGCCGCCGUGGAUGGCUCCGGCUUCGCCGUCAGCCAUCGCACGUGGGCACGAACCUACACGACGGCGCUGCUCGACCCGCGCCUUGCCCGGCCGUCUUGGCAUGCUCCUGUUGCGGCGCUAGGGGAGUGGGAAGAGGUGUCAUCUUGGAGCGGUGGAUCGGAGGCGAGCCAGGAUGACGACGUGCGCAGCCGAGGUAAGCCACCGCCGCCGCCGAUCAUGACUGUUGUUGGCAUGGGUCUGCCGCGGCCAGUCUUCUCGCCGUGGUACCACACCUGGAAUGAGACCGAGCGUGAGCUUCAUCAUGAGCCGUCAGCUGCUGUGCGUUGCAAGCUCUACUUUGUGGUGCUGGCAGAGCAGUUUGUGGCCGCUGUGACUCGAUGGUGCGUGGCCGCGCAUAACGCCUGGCGUACACGCAACGAGUCUACCGCCACGCCGUGGUGGGCUGUAGUCUACUUUCCGCAGCGGCUGCUGUUUGCCGCUGCAUCGGGCGCUUACCUUGUCCUCGUCAUCACCGUCCUGGGCAUUUACUACGCCAUCGAAGGUUGGAAGGUAGCAAGCGAGAUGCCCGGCCCCUGGGGUGGGGUAAGCAAGGCAAGUGCACUCGCGCUCGGUCUUGGCGCAAUCAUCAUGUUUGUACUGGUGAUUCUCAUGACCUGGCUCAUGUUUCGGCGGUAUCGUCAGCUCAUCUUGCAGCUGCGGCGCGGAAAGUACGUCUUUGAUCCGCGGCAGUUUGCGCUCACCGAUGCCUCAUACUUUGUGCCGUACCACAUCGUGCACCUCGUACUCGGCAGCUUUGUUCUCAUGUUCAUUCUCACUCUUGCGCUUGGCAUUGGCCUCCUCACGUUCUUUGUUCCGGCGGUGCGGUCGUGGGCGGUGACUGCGGCACGGCAUCUGCUGGCGACAGUUGUCGUCAAUGCUGUGGUGUGGUGGCUCCUCCGCAGCGUCUUUGUGGCCGUCUACUUUGACGACGGCGGCCUCAUCCGCAAUCGGCGGUGGUUCUCGCUCUUCGACUACCUCUCGACGUACCUCAACUUGGCGACUGGGCUUGCAGCUGCCGUGAAGCGGCUGGUCUGGGCGCUGGUCAUUCAGUUUGCCAUGCUCUGGCGGCUAGACGUGCCGGCCUAUCCGCGCGGCUACGAGGCGUGGGACGCCGGGUUCUCGGCCUUUGUCGGCAUGCUCCUCCUUGACCACCAGUACAACUCGCCGGUGUUUGUGGCGGCUGCCGAGGUGUUUGCAGCAUACGGCGUCAUGCCCGUCGGAGGUGAGGCUACUCCACUGCUGGUGCCGGUCGAUGCUGCCAACUGUCGCCGGCGGGAGCCGCCGCGCUCGCGGCGGGCGCGCAACCGUUGGCAUCUUGCCUUCACCCUUGUCCGCAACCCGGAGCUCGUGGCAUACCGCGCCCACCACCUGGAGGUUCUGCGAGCGUCAGGCAUCGACCUCAAUGGCAAGCCGGGCCUGUGAUGGUGCGGGCGUCACAGCUCAUCGUGCGGCACGUAGUCACCGGUGCCAGAGAAAAACUCAUCAUCAUCAUCGUCGUCGUCGCCGCCAGCGUCGCCCGCAGUGGCGCCGGCGUCGUCGUCGUCACUCAUAGAGAGAAAGGCGGUCGGCGAGCGCUGAGCAGCGAGGUCGUCGUCAGUCCACAGCUCGGACUCGGCAGCCUCGCCAAAGUGGUCGGCGCUCAGCAGAUCGUCGUCGAGAGUGAGAUUUGCGGCGACUGAUUCCGGGAGCGGGAAGAGGACGCCGAGCGGCGAGACGACCGGAUCAAAGACAUACUGCGAGGAA